UGCUCAGCCAGCGGUCACAUGGUAGAGACUGAACCCUUAAAAACCCCCGAGCUGCACGCCCGAGACCCCCGGUCAUCUCUUGUGUGCGAGACACCAGCUGGUCUUGGUGUUCAUCCUACUUUCUCUUACCCAGAAAGCCUGCGAGGUAACCAUCAUGUCAGACACUGAGGAAAUUGUGGAGGAGUACGAACAGCAGGAGGAGGAAGAGGAGGAGGAGGAGGUGAAUGAGGAGGAAGAAGAAGAGGAAGAGGAGCAGUGUGAUGAUGAAGCAGAGAAGAAAGAAGAAGAGCACACAGAGGAGAAUGAGCAUGAGGAGGAGUCCAAACCCCGGCACAAGACCACUUAUGUGCCAAAUAUCGCCCCUCCAAAGCUCCCUGAUGGCGAGAAGGUGGACUUUGAUGACCUGCACCGCAAGAGGGUCGAAAAGGACUUCAACGAUCUCCAGACCCUGAUCGAGUCGCACUUCUCCACCCGCCAGAAAGAGGAGGAAGAGCUGAUCGCCCUGCGUAACCGCAUUGAGCGCCGCAGGUCCGACAGGGCAGAACAGCAGCGUGUCCGCACCGAGCAGGAUCGGGAACGCCAAACGCGGCUGGCUGAGGAGAGGGCGAGGCGCGAGGAAGAGGCAGCCAAACUGCGUGCUGAGGAGGAGGCGAAGAAGAAAGCGAUAUUCACCAACAAGUCCUUCGGCGGCUACCUGCAGAAGGUGGACCAGAAGAAGGGCAAGAAGCUGACAGCGCGAGAGGAGAAGAAGAAGGCCCUGCUGGAGCGCCGGAAGCCGCUCAACAUAGACCACCUGAACCAGGAGAAGCUGGCGGAGAAGGCGCAGGACCUCUGGCAGUGGCUCCACCAGCUGCAUGCCGAGAAGUUCGAGCUGGCCGAGAAGCUCAAGAGGCAGAAGUACGACAUCUACGUGCUCCGGAACCGAGUCAGCGACCACCAGAGGGGCUCCAAAGCGUCCAAGACCUCCCGCGGGGCCAAGGGCAAGUCUGGCUCCUGGAAGUAAGAGCCACUCCACAGCAGAUGGAAGUUGUUUCUGGACUAUUUGGCGCCGAUUUCUAACUUGUUUCAUAAAAGCUAUCCCAGGGAUUGUGUAUGUAUAAAUAUAUGAUUGUUGUAACUUUGUGAUGCUGAUAUUCACCAGUUCAUCUGUUCACCAGACUUUAUUAAACCUGACUGACUGAGUGGUGGUGUGAAUUUCACAGCUCCACUACAGUACACUUUGUGGUUGUUUUGUCCUUGUAUUUCCACCUGUACCAUUGUUAAGACCUUUGUGAUCAAGGGGUUAAACGUCUUCGAAUAAGGUGCCAAAAUUUCAUUUGUUUCCAAUAAAACGUGACACAUUUUAA